AUGAGUUUGUACGAGCUGGCUAACGACAGUGGAGUGGAAUUCAUUUUAUUUUCGUACGGAAGCUUGGUAGGUGAAUGUAAAACCUGUCUUGUGCCUACGCACAGCCUUCAAAAUUACAAAACCGAUCAAGUUUGCUUCUCUUCAACUAAUGAUUACAUGAUCAACCCUCAACAAUACAAUUUCAAUUUGGUUCCCGACGUCUCAACAUUCAUCAUACUACCCUGGAAAAAAACGUUUGCCUGGAUUCUCUGUAAUAUAUCAUACAAUGGAAAACCGUUUGCUCAGUGUCCCAGGACCAUAUUGCAGAAAUUAAGAACUGAAGCUUUGGAUAUGGGAUAUUUGAUGAAGUGCGGAUUUGAACCGGAGUUUACCUUGUUAAAUGAGGAUGGCUCAGCAUUAGCCGAUCCUUUAGAAUCGAGAUUCGAAUGUAACCAUCACCAAACCAGAGCUAUUAUGAGUUUUGAACCGUUCCUCACUGAGGUUCAUGACGCCAUGCAUACUCUCGGCUGGGCUCCUUACAUGAUAAUAAGUGAGGCAUCUCCUUGUCAAUACGAAAUCAACUUCAACUUUUUUGAUGUUCUUUUGAUGGCUGACAGAAUGUGCUUCUUAAAGUUCAUGAUUAAGGAAGUUGCACGAAAGCAUGGAUUUCUAGCUACCUUCAUGCCGAUGCCGUUUCAAAAUUACCCUUGUGCAAAUGGUUUACACACGAACAUGUCAAUAUGGAAAGCUAGUGGUGAGGAAAUUAAUUUGCUUCCCGGACUUCAGAGUUCAGAUGAUGACGAUGAUGGUGGUAGGACUGAGCGUUUGUUUGGACUUUCAAAGUUAGCAUACAAUUUCAUCGCUGGUUUGCUUUCCCAUGUUGAAGAAUCCUGCGCCAUAGUAUGCCCAACAGUUAACAGCUACAAGAGGUUGAAGCUUGAAAAAUUCUGUUCGAACAUGAUAACCUGGGGUGGCAAUGACAAGACUGUCCUGUUGAGAGUGCCGAACAGUGAAAGUAUCAGUCGCAGCGUCUGGAACGGUUGCCUCUUCCAAAAAGGUCAACCGCGCAGGGCUGUAGUGCGUGAGCCCAUUUGUUCGAGACUAUCCUCCAGUAUUCAAGCAGAUUUGUGCAAUACAUCAACAUCAGCAACCACCAUUGCUGAAUCCAGCUCUACUUCAAAUCCCAACUUUAAUCCUAAAACUAAUCCCAAAUCAGUUCCAGAAAGUCUAUUAGAAGCUCUACAAAAGUUGGAAUCUAGUGAAUUUUUGAGAGAAAAAUUAGGUACGCAACUGGUCGAUGCAUUCGUUGAGCUGAAAAAAAAGGAAUGGAGGGAUUAUUCAGCGCACUUCACAAAGUGGGAGAAAGAGAAAUAUUGGAACUGUUAG